AAUACAUGUUUGAAUGAUGGUGAUGUAAAUUUGGUACAGUUCUUGCAAGAAAUUGCUUCAGAGCAGCAAUUUGAAGUAACUUAUGUUGAUAUUGAGGAAAAGUCUAUCAGUGGUAAAUGCCAGUGCCUUGUGCAGUUGUCUACCUUGCCAGUAGCAGUUUGCUAUGGUUGUGGUGUUACUAGUAAAGAUGCUCAAGCUAGUGCUGCUCAAAACGCUCUGGAAUAUCUUAAAAUCAUGACCAAAAAGUGAGCCAGCGCUUUGCUCCUGCCAGCUGUCACUAUCAAUUGUAAAUCACAUAAUAAUUUACUGUCCAAAAAUCAAAAUAGCAGUGCAGAUUCCAAAAUUUUAUCAAACAAUCAAGUAGCGGAUAAGAGUAAAAGUCAAAAGCUCGAUCACGUGGGGAACAAAAAUAGAUUAUCAAAGCCAUCCGUCAGAGCAGUAAACACUGCAAUGGGGAAUAAAGAUGCUACAUUGAGUACAAUCACCACAACAUCAACUGCUACAGUUUCUUCAAAUAGGAUGAAUUCAUCUAUAAAAAAGAAUAGUGGAAACAACGAGAAUUUAAAAUCUAACGAACAACUAACAAAGAAUACGUCAAUCGUAACCGCAAAUCAAUCUAGUUCUACUUUCAGUAGUGUAAGAGGUGUUACUGCAACAUGUGUUGGUGGUAAUGUUUCUCACGAGAGUACAUCUAAGUCUAAAGAUUACCCCGCUAAAAAGUUUUCCAAUGAAAUUGAUUCGAAAAUGAAGAAUUAUCAAAUACAAUCCGAAUACAAAGAAUCAUCUGUAAACAAUCAGGAUUACAAAACAAGGAAUAGCACAACUAUGAACAACUUAUCAUCGAGGUUCGUAAACCAGUCGUCGGUUCAAACGUUGCACAGGGAAAACCAUGGAACUGCUUCCAGUACACAUCAAUCUCGACCAGCGUCACGGAACGAUAACACCGCAUUUGCCGUAGCUAGGAAAGCAUUGGAGCAACAGAAUUUUGCGUCGAAGAUGACACCGAUCAAUUUUCCACCACUGCGUGCUCCACAGAGCAUUGUGAAUGUUCGCCAUCCUUUUGUCACAGAAGCAAGAACCAAGCAUAAUGAUAUUGGUGGUCCGAACUCCAAAUCGAAAUUGAAUGUAACGAGUUCUUUGCAAAGUGGUGCGAAGGAUCUUGAUCAUAGUAGGCAAACCUUCCAUAGCUAUGGUACAUCACAGAUCGCUGGUAUUCCAAAUGUUCAAAAUUUAAGCAAUGUCACGGCGAAUAUGUCACCUUAUGCCAGACCGGAAAGCUUCCCUCAGCCAACCGUUGCAAGUGUGCUAUUUCCUGACACAUCUCAGUUUCCUCAAUCACCUCCAUUCAGUACAACGCAAAUUGGACAGCUGAAUCAAUAUCAAACAUAUGAUCCUGGCAGUUUUGCAACUACACCAGUGAAUGUGAACCCAGUAAUCCCUCAAUUCUCUGCAGAGAGUUCUAUUCCGUAUCCGCAAUACGACAAUCCUCCUCAAUUCGUGCAACCUAAUCAUUAUCCGACUGCGGAUAUAGCGAAUAGUCAGUAUCAGUAUCAAGCGGGUGUAGGACAACUACAAGAGUCACCAAUGUUCAUACAAAGCCUGCAAAGUCCUAUCGCCGUAACAGAUCAGUAUGCUGCUUCAAAUUAUGCUAGAACGGUUAGGGCAGAAUUGAUACCACGAUUGAGGAGGCCACCAAGAUUUAACAAGUAAAAAUGAUUUUUUACACACACAUACGCGCGCGCGCGCACACACACAUACACACACAUGCACGUACACGCACACAUUAUAUAUAUAUUAUACAUACACAAUAUAUUCUUGAAUAAAAAUUCGUAGCCGUAAAUGAAGGAAGGAGGAAAACGAGGAACAUAAAUCGAAUGAUAACGGCACGAAUUCAUGGAAUCGUAUUAUACCUUUCAAUAGAAAUGAAGAACGUCCACGUGUAUCUUGCGUGCAGAAAUAAUCGGGAAAUUUGCCAAUCUACUUGGUUGAACUAUCGAUAUGUUAAGUGGAGGAGAUUUGGUAAAAGUUAUUUCAAUUUCUGAUCCAUUUUGAAAUAAAUUUUAACCAGUCUAUGCGAAUUAAUGCGCGCGUGGAAGUGAUAACUAGUAUUUUGGCAAAAUUGCACGAGAUGCACGGUUAGCGUUAUUAGUAGUCGUUCGAAGAAAUUCUGUUUGAAAUGGUUUGAUACGUAAAUACAUGUACAAAGCAGAAACGCAGCGAAGAGAGAAGAAAAAAUCAUUUUGACUUGUUUCCAUCAUUAAAUGUGACACGGCAGGGCAUAAUAAGUUGGCUCGAUAUAAUUUUGUGACGUAAUUUAUCUAAUAUCAUUGAAAUUUGAGACAGAGAGAAAGAAGAGAAGGGGAAAAAGAUGGAGAAAGAGAGAGAGAAAAAGAAAAGUUAUUGCAACCAGAUUGUUAAAUUGUACAUAAAUUAUAACUAUUGAUAAGAAUAGUUUCAUUUCUAUAAAUAUAUAGUAUUCGCGGAAAUAUGGUUCUGGACAAAUUUGUUUUCGGUCAAUCGAAGAAAGCAAAUUUGUUAGUAAAUGGAGCAGAACCCAUAGCCAUGUUGCACAUAAAAAUCGAUAGAAACGAAGAAAGAUUUGUGAAAUAAAAAGAAAAGAGAAAAGCAACUGAAUUAUAAUUAUAAUAACGAUAAGUCCUAGUUUUAAUGAAUGGUAUCCUACAAGCUAUACUUUGCAUAGAAUUAGUGGAGGUUUUCCAAUAUUUGCAUAUUACUUAGCUUACUGCUAUGUUUUUAAUGUGCUUUACUAUUUAUAUAUGGAAUGGCGGUGUAACGAUGUUCAUUGCAAUGCGACCGCAUGCAAGGAUGAUUCAUUUCUAAUAGGAAAAAGAAAGUGGAAAGGCUAACGUUUAACAUAUAAUGUCAAGUAACUCGCUUAAUUUGAACAUUGUGUCUCCAUUGAACGUAUGCACAGUGCAAACGUAGCUUUCGGCGAUCCGAAUAUAAUGAAGGCGAUCGCGAUAAAGUAACGAUAUAAUCUUUCAGUGGUGUAUGUUUUUCCUUUAGUAUGGUAGCUCAUAAACUCAUAAGCAUCACAUAUUAAUACGCGUAAAAUUAAUCGUUAAGGGAAAUCCUCAUUAAGUACGCAUUUCGUAUUAAACGAAACUAUAUAUUCGUAUGUAUUGAAUUUUUAAAUUGUCUACGUGCGUCGACGUCACCGGAUAAGACAUUUAUACUAAACGGAAAAGAGAACAACAAUAUCGCGUGUGGACAUAUAUACCGUCAAGAGGAUACGAUCAGGAAUCAAAAAGAAAAAAGAAAGGAAAAGAAGAAAAGUGAAGGUAAGACGGGAAAAAAGAGGAAAACGAAAUAAAAAGAAACGGUAGACAUAUUGCGUAACAAUGCAAUUUUUAACCGUGGAUCAUCAUCCUGUUUGUGAAUAAUGUGGAAUACGAAAAAGAAUUAUUGCUUUUCCAAUGAAUCAAGAGAAUAAGCGAGAAAACGUUCGUUGUAACAUCGAUCGACGGACAGUGCGAAUUUUUAUCUUGCGUUCGAUUAUUAUUCCCGUGUAACAGGAAUCUGUGUGUGCAUACGCAAUUUCGUUCAGCGAUGAUUUUUAUCCCCGUUCAUUCGCAAGAGACGAAUUUCGUUGAUUACCAAUGGUCUAGUACUAUUAUUAGAUAUUAGAUAGAGAUAAAUUAUAUUUAUGUCUCGAAAAUUCGGGGAUGAAAACGAAUUUAUUCACAUACUGUCUUACUUUCCCGUAUUUCUCAUUGGAAAGAUUAAUGCGUAUUAUAAUUAUUGUUAAUUUAUGAAGUAUCGAAUAUAACAAUAAGAUCGAAAGUGAAAUGCAAAUAAAAUGUGAAAUUUUCCGUGUAAAAAUGUCAUGUAUGAAAUAGUGUAUGCAUACUGCAUUAAUCAUCGAUUCGAUAUAGUGGUGCAAUAACAAGCCCAUGGAUAGCCGCGCAUAACUGCGAUACCUUGCCCGCGCAUUCGACGUUAUUGAUAGUACAAAAAGUUCAUUUCCUGUAAGGAUAAAUCGCAUUGCGGGUCAGGGUACCACGGAAAUGCGUAGAAUUGCGUGAAAGAGAGAGAAAGAGAGAGAGAGAGAGAGAGAGCGAGCGCAAGCGCGCACGAGUAAGAGAGAGAGAGAGAGAGAGAAAGAGCGAGAGCGAGAUAAAUAAUAGAAGCGAGUGAGUGAGCGAAACGAUAAUGUGCCUCGACGACACGAGUAUCCGGAGGAGAUAAAGGAAAAUUAAUGAAACCCUAAGCCUAAGGUGAUGUCUCAAGAAUUGCGACAUAAUUUUCUGGUCGGGCAUAUUUCAUACAUUUGGAAAAUAGGCAUUACUUACAUGCAAAGUAUAGAAUGUGUAUGCGUGUAAACGAAAGUACACUGCUAGAUUGAUACCGCAAUCAGUUAUUUCUUUAAGGAUACAAAAAAGCGAUAAGAAAGAAAUGAGAGAAAACUAGAAAUUCAUUGUAGAAAAAACAGAAGCAUUAUAGAACACAGCGAUUCGUUUUGCGGAUCGUAAUCGUUAAAACUAACGAAAUUUCUUCUGAAACGCUUAAUUGCUACUACGGGUGAUGAUAAUUUUCUGUAAUUAUUAUAUUUAUUUUUUUAGAAUGUAUACAUGGAAUUAGAAAAUUCGUCAUGUCUUCUGUUUUGACGUUCGAUUCCAUUUAUCAUGAGAUAUUUUUUAAUUUUUUAAUAAUUUUUUUCCUUUUUUUUUUGUUUCAAACUAUAAAGCGCUGCUUCGCGUAUUGAAAGUUUGACUACAGUUUCAUGUGUAUCCUCCACUUGUAAGCAGUUUUCUGUGCCAAUCGAGAUUAAUUCGUUGCGAGAUCUGACUUCAGAUGGUAAAACGGAUACAAUACCAAACAGCGCCUCAUCGCCGAAAGGCGUUAUAGAAAAGUUGUUGAAACUUGCCAGUUCGUAAGGGAACAUAUCAACACAUAAUGUAAAAUUGGAAGAAAAUGAUAUAUUGUAUAUUUGUCAGAUGAAUCGCUCUUUCUAUUAAACGAGAAGUUUUGUAUAUUUUUGUUUAUCAGAGAAAUUUCGAAUUGAUGGCGGUACAAAUUUUUUGAUGUACAUUCUUUUUCCGAAGAAGAAUUUUUUAUUUUUGUUUUCAAUUACGCAAAGUCGUAACUUGUUCUUUAUUUUUUUUGUUUAUGGUAAAAAUCAGUGCUGUAUGUAUUUUUUACGUAUACAAAAAAAAGGUGAUACAGUAAAAUUCUUCGCAUUUUACAGUGAUAUAUGCACCCUUGAAAUAAAAUUGGAAAAAUUUUUCUAAACCGUUGAUCGUAAUCGAAACGCCUCGUCGAUCUUUCUCGAUUUCGCUUUAGUUUUCUGUACUGCGAAUACCAGGAGAAUCUCCGAGAGCGUUUAAAGAUCGAGUCGAUCCAUCGAUCAAAAAUUGUUAAUCGACGCGAUUAGUUUGUUUGAAGAAAAUUAGUCGAUUCGAUUAACUACUUCAAAAAAUAAACGAAAAAGAAGAAAAACAAAGCGUCGAUUUAUCGUACCUAGACAUCGCUUGAUAUUCUGUUGUUUAAAGGGAGGGGACGAUAAUUUCGAGCGAAAAAAUAUUAGCGUGCGAUCCGGCUAUCAAAUAGCGAAUUAAGAGCAUAAUGCAGGAAAUAUUGUGAUGCAUAAUGAGACAAAAUAUUAUAAUAGAGAGAGAAAAAUAGACUUCCCACCUUCUUCGACUACGGGGAAGCACUUCUUCGUGGACCAACCUAGGAACGAGAAAAGGGGACGAGAUGCUUUCGAUUCGAUCCACGAGAAUAUAGUCAAUAUAAUACUUUCUUUUUGUCCAUCACGUCUAUCAUGAUAUUAUAUUAUAUAUACAUACAUAUAUAUACUCCGUUUCUCUUUUCUCGUUCGUAUCCUUUACCACGGAAGCGGCCUUUUAAGCUGCGCAAAAGAAGAACUUGAUUUCCAAUGACUUUUGAAGUCAGUGGACGAAUAAAAAAAAUGAAAGAGGAAAAGAAAGGUUUAUUAGCAGCAACGGGAUUCGUCGAAUCUCGUGUAUUAAGUAAAAAAUAAAUUGAAAUUAAGCCAACAUGAAACGACUAUAUAUUUUACUUAUGAUUUUACUGUUUAAGCGCUGCUGCGUUUUGUAACGAUUUUGCAUACAAAGGAAAUUAAAAUGAAACGAAGAAAUUUCUGUAGAUUGAAAGGUACAUUUUUGAAAAUAUUUUGCGAACGAAUGAACUUCCAUUGCAUCUAUCUUCAUUGUUUCUAUCCUUUUAUCCCACCCCCAUAGACAUACUUAUUUACCUAUUUACCUAUAUACGAAUACCUAUAUACAUACGCGUGCGCGCGAUGUCGAAAUACAAUUGUAAAAAAGAAAAAAAUCGUCAACUACCAAUUCUCUUAAUCUUUCCAAUACGAUCGAUUUUUUAAAUAAGCGAGAGCAAAAGAGAGAGAAAGAGAUAAAAGAGCCUUAGAAGAAAGAAGGUAAUAUUAUAGUCUAUGAUUCAAAAAGGAGGAAGAAGUAUUAAAAUUUUAGUGUCGAUGCGUAGACGAUAUUUGUCGAUAAUUUCUUUUCCCUUUCUGUGAACUUCGAACUAUUAUUACAGAAUCGUCUACGGGAUAGUGAAGAAUACCAUGUAAAUUUCAACGAUACUAAGGAUAUGUAGAUAUUAAUUUGUUCCUUACUGUAAGGAGAAAAAACGAAAAGAAGAGGAAGAAAACACUUUUAUAAGAUGUAUAGUAUUAAAGAUCCAGCGUGUCUGGAUGUAAUUUGUAAUUUUUAUAUGUGGAGGGGGACGCGUUAGUGAUUUUUUUAUGUUCUCUAUUCUAUCUUUCCACUACCUUCUACUUCUUCCGCUGACUUCCUUCCGGUCUUUCAUAUCUCCCUCUUCUUUCUUUCUUUUUUUUUGUAAGUUAAAUUAUUUUGUGUUUUGUAAAGUAAUAUCGUCGGUUUUGUAUAAUCGACACGAUUUACCGGCACAUAGCACGGACAUGACAUACAGAUAACGACUUAAAAUAAUAUAGCGAGACUCGUUUCUGUAAACGAGCGGCAUAUAAUAUCUAUAAUCAAGGUUGUUUUAUGUAUGAUUGUGCGUGUAACAUUGUUAAUAAACUAACGAUGCUUAUGAAA